AUCUAUGUCACAAGGACUGCAGUUGACCACUGGGAGAAAGAGAAGUGGAUGAUAACCUGACAGAAGAAACCCAGGGAUCUUCACAAAGCAUCAUUUUUUCAACCCUUGUUUUUUCCCUCUUGGAUUUUUGGUAGACUGUGUAACUUUCAGGGGUUAAUGAGGACGUCCUUCUGAAGCUGCUGACCAAAUAAGCAGCCAUGUCGACUGCUCAGGCAAUAAACCGCAGCGGUGUCUACAGCUACUUUCUCAAUAUGGUGGCCUAUCAGAUAUGCUGCUGCUGUGGUCCGGCUCCUUGCUCGCUAUGCUGCUCCUUCUGUCCGCCCAUCAAAUCGUCCUCUAGCACGCGGGUGAUGUACACUCUGUUCCACAUCCUGGCCUGCGCUGUCUCGUGCCUCAUGUUGUCUCGAACCGUGUCGGAGGCAGUGAGGGAGAAUGUGCCUUUCUUUAACGUGGUGUGUGAUGAGGCCCACGGCGGAGGAGACUGCGAGAUGCUGGUGGGCUACUCCGCAGUCUACAGGGUCUGCUUCGGCACAGCCUGCUUCUACCUGAUGAUGGCCCUCUUUCUCAUUGAUGUUAAGUCCAGCCAGGAUUUCCGAGCCCUCAUCCAUAACGGGUUCUGGUUUUUGAAGUUCAUCACGUUACUCGGGAUGGUUGCAGCUGCCUUCUUCAUCCCUACUGAGUCUUUCCUGCAUGCCUGGCACUAUGUUGGAGUAGUGGGAGGUUUUGCCUUCAUCCUCAUUCAGCUCAUCCUCAUCACUGCUUUUGCACACACCUGGAAUAAGAACUGGUUAACUGGGGCAGCUGAAGAUAAGAGGUGGUACGUGGCGGUCAUGUUUGCCACCCUCUUCUUCUAUACCGUGGCCACUGCAGCCUUCACCUUCAUGUACAAGUACUACACACACCCAGCCGCGUGCCGAGUAAACAAGGCGCUGCUGUGGACCAACCUGGGCCUGUGUGCCAUCAUGAGCUUCAUUGCCGUCACCCCCUGCGUCCAGCAAAAGCAGCCUCGCUCAGGACUGCUGCAGGCUUCUAUCAUCAGCUGCUACGUCAUGUACCUGACCUUCUCUGCACUUUCCAGCCGUCCACCUGAGAAAGUGGAGUACCAGGGGGUCAACAUGACUGUGUGCUACCCUAAUGUGGGCAGAGACGAGAUCCAGAACGAAGGAAAUGCUGUAGCCAUCAUCGGCGCUGCUAUUAUGUACUGCUGUGUGCUGUUUGCAUGUAACGAGGCUUCUUACCUGGCUGAGGUAUUUGGUCCAUUCUGGAUGAUCAAAGUUUAUCGUUACGAGUUCCAGAAAGCCACGUGUUGUUUCUGCUGUCCUGAGGAAGAAGAAGUGGAGGAAGAGUUUGUGAUUGACGAUGAGAGUAAGGGCUGCCAGAAGGUGAUUCACAACGAGAGUCAUCGAGUGGCCUACAGCUACUUCUUCUUCCAUUUCGUCUUCUUCCUGGCCUCCCUCUACGUCAUGAUGACCCUCACAAAUUGGUUCAGCUAUGAGACAGCCGUGCUGGAGACCACUUUCACCCACGGCAGCUACUCCACCUUUUAUGUGAAGCUGUCAUCUUGCUGGGCCUGCGUGGUGCUCUACCUGUGGCUCCUGCUGGGUCCUUUAUGUCACUGCCGUUCCAAUUCUAAACGGCCGCGGCGCUCUCGGAUCAAGCGGAGGAUGGCCUCCCAGCGUCAUGUCAGCGUCAGUGUGUGACCGUGUCUCAGGAUGCAGGGACUGCAGCAGAAGCUAUGAUGAGAGCUGAAGCCAAAAGGGAAGGACUUUUAUCUCAUCAAAAAAUAAACAGAGCCUGAGAGGGACUCUACGACAAGCACUCUGAUGCUCCUCCAUCAUAACCACAUAACCAAGGCUGGACAAAUACCAGCAAAAAAGGAAAAAACCUAAAGGGGACACUGGAACAAUGUAUGCUAUGUUUACGACUAUGAUGGCCUACCAUCAGGAGUGCGCUAUUAUUGCCAAAAGGAUCACAAAGGUGAACAAAAUGACUCACACGGGACUAAUGUCAGCUUUAGAAAACACAUUUCCAUCCACUGGAUUACUGUUUAGACCCCUAGAGAUUAGUUUAAACUAUACCAGGAUUAGAUCUGUUUAAAAAAACAAAAAAACAAAACAAAAAAUACUUAAUCUUUAACUUUAUUUAAAAAUGUAAUUAGCUAUUUAUGCUCUUUAUGUAAAUAAUGUCCUAUUACAUGUACUUGCUGUCACUCUGUGAUCUGUGGCUAAUGUAUAAAGCAGCCAUAUGCUCCAGGGGAGGGUCCCUCACAUUCCUCUGCCCCUCAAACCAACCAGUCAGCUGCAGGGAGAGAGAAAGCUGUAAACUGUAAUGAUUUUACUAGACCAGAAACUGAGCAACUCUUUUAUCUCUAAUUACAGGUUUAGCACAUUUUAUGUCAUGGUCUUGAAAGAUCAAGCUAU